AUGUUGGCCAAGGUGCUCCAAAAGGUUGAAUCAACUGAUGCAGGGGUAAAAGAGAUGAAAGGUGAUUUUUCUAGUAUGAGUCAGCUAGUGUUGGAGCAAGUUGGAAGAGAGGAGGAUAAAGCUGAGCAAGUAGAUGACUUGGAGGAUGCUCAACCAAUAGCCAAAUCAGCAGGAGCGGAAAAAAAAGAGGUUGAAGGAAACUUACCGUUACAGAAAAUCCUAAGACCACCUCCUCCUUUCCCUCAAAAGCUUAAAAAGAAAGCCGAGGAUGGGAAAUUCGCUAAAUUCAUCACCAUGCUGAGAUUGCUGUCUGUAAACAUACCAUUGAUGGAAGCCUUUGAGCAGAUGUCAGGAUAUGCCAAGUUCAUGAAAUACUUGGUUACUAAGAAAAGAGCGGUGAGUAUUGAUUUGACUAACCAUAUUCAUCACUACAGUGCUAUUGCUACCAGGUCUCUGGUGCAGAAGAAGAAGGAUCCAGGUGCAUUCACCAUACUAUGCACUAUUGGAUCAAUGAAAUUUGCAAAGGCCUUGUGUGAUCUAGGGUCCAGUAUAAACUCGUUGCCGCUGACCAUCUACAAGCAACUGGGGUUAGGAGUUCCAAAACCCUCAACCAUGAGGUUGAUGAUGGCAGAUAGGUCAGUGAAGCGACCUGUAGGCAUCUUAUGUGAUGUACUUGUAAAGCUGGACACGUUCAUCUUUCUGGCAGACUUCGUGAUCUUGGAAUGCGAAGUGGAUUUUGAGGUUCCUAUUAUUUUGGGAAAACUAUUUUUGGCCACAUGGCGAGCAUUGGUAGAUGUUGAGCAAGGAGAACUGAAAUUCAGACUCAACAAGAAGAGGUAA